AUGGAGAGUCAUCUACAAGCAGCUAAAAGAGUCCUUCGAUACUUAAAAGGGACUGUGAAUUAUGGAAUCCAUUAUAAGAAAGGAGGAAAUGGUGAGUUGUUGGCAUUUACAGAUAGAGACUAUGCUGGAGAUUUAGAGGACAAGAAGAGUACAUCUGGGUAUGUAUUUUUAAAGAGUUCAGGUGCUAUUUCAUGGUGUUCAAAAAAGCAGCCUAUUGUGACUUUAUCAACCAUAGAAGCUGAGUUCAUGGCAGCUACAAUUUGUGCUUGUCAAGGAGUCUGGAUGAAGAGGAUUUUAAGAGAGUUGGGACAUUUUGAUGGAGGUUGUAUUACACUAAUGUGUGAUAAUAGUUCAACCAUCAAGCUAUCUAAAAAUCUAGUUAUGCAUGGUCGCAGCAAGCAUAUUGAUGUAAGGUGUCAAUUCUUAAGAAAUCUUACGAAGGAUGGUAUAAUUGAAUUAGUUUAUUGUGGGAGUCAGGAUCAAGUGGCUGACAUAAUGACCAAACCAUUGAACCUUGAAGUUUUUUAG